UGCGGCUCUCUUUUUUCCUAUCUCAGACCUCAACUCAACCCUCAACUCUCAACUCCCCGCUUCUCCUCCCUUCCUCUCCCAUAUCUUCUUCUUCUUCUUCUUCUUCUUCUUCUUCUUCUUCUUUUCCCCCUUUGCCCCCUCCCAUUGAGCUUAAGCUCUAUUCUUUUCGUUUCCCUGUUCUCGCAGUGGAGAGCUGUUUCCCUUAGACAUAUCUUCUCAUUCCCUUCCUCUUCCCGCUUCCACCAUCCACUCCCGUCUUAUAUAAAUAACGCCAGGCGGUGUGGGCCCUUUCUGGCUCUGGAUCUGGCUCUGGCUCUGAGUUUUUCCCCUCUCCCAGCCUGGCUGGUCCCCCCUGAAGUUUUCACGCGCACUUUUUUGUUCUUGUUUUUUUUUUUUUUUUUACUGCUCUCCUCGAACUAAAAACCGAAAGUAAAAUACCUAGGCGCAGAAACCUUGGUAACUUACGUCUUCAUAAACCACCCUCAACUCCGUGUCGUCGUCUGCCAACGGAGCCUCAGGCAAUCCUCUCAGCAAUCCUAUGCAGCAGAAUCCCUCCUCUGCUGCUUCUAACAAUAAUAACAACAGCAACAACAGCAACAACAACAACAGCAGCAGCAGCAGCAGGCCAGCUAUGCGCUCGAGUUCCACGCUCAAGACCAGCACUGAUGGAAGUCGACGGCAGGCAGCCAGCCCAGUCGACGGUGCUCAAAGGCGUAAUAACCCCCCAAAGGCCUGGACUCAAUCCACAAAUCCUCUCACCCAAAAGCCUUCCUAUCCAAACCAGAACGGAGGAGCUCCUCAGCGGAAAUCCACAAUUUCUCCGAAUCCAAUGGCGUCGUCGUCGCCGAACAGGGAGUCAAAUACCCCUGAUAUGCAUGCAAAUGACCGCCUUACCUUCCUCUUAGCUGCCUGCAUAGGUUUAAAUGCAACGGUCACAACUAAAAGCGGAGAGAAGUUUUCCGGUAUUUUUUCGGGCUCGUCGUUGGAACCAAAUGACUCUUCGUUUGCAUUGAAAAUGACACAACGUUGCUCCUCCCCACAACCAGACCACAGUCGGUCGAAUGGCCUCAGUGAUCAUUCCAGCCCUUACAUUGGGUCAGGCGUAGAUCAUCAAAUGAUUUUCGAUGUUCAAGAUGUUGCGGAUGUCUGUGUUGAAAACGUCUCGACUGUCGGAAUUGCUGCAAAAGAACAGAAUGGAGCUCCCACGGGCUUCAAAACAGACACGGACAUCUCUGGCGGCCAAGCAGUCCGAGAAAGAGAACUCCAACGCUGGGAACCCGGCACAGAUGCUCCUGUUGACUUGUCUUUGGAGAGCGCAGGCUCGACUAGUUGGGACCAAUUUGAAGUAAAUGAACGCCUUUUUGGGGCCACUACAAGUUACGACGAGAAUCUAUACACCACUCGAAUAGAUCGUUCGGACCCAUCAUAUAAACGCAAGGAAGCUGAGGCAGCUAGAAUUGCACGUGAGAUCGAAUCCAGUGAGACGGAUAAUGCCCAUUUAAGGGAAGAGCGCGGUUUAGUCGCUGAAAACGAUUACGCAAAUGAGGAGGAUAAAUACAGUGGUGUUCGUCGUGAGGAUUUUCCCCCUCUCCAAUCCGGACAACCAAACAAGUAUACUCCACCUGCAAGGCGUGCACCCACAAGCCACCCUACUGUUCCCGGCGCCCCGGUUGAUCCCGCAAUCAUUAGUGCCCAAAUCGCGCGCCCCGACAUACCACCGAAGCAAUCAAGCCAGCCCAAGAUCAACAUCACACCUUCACAAACUACUAUAACUACUUCAACUACCACUACUGAUGCGGUCAAGGAUAAAGCACCAGAAACAACCAAAUCCGCCCCAUCUCUUAAACCCCCUACAAGUUCCGAACAGAAACAGGUCUCCGGAAAACCUACGUCGAAUUCCAAUGUUCCUUCAAAGCGCAAUGGAGUCGAGAAUGCAUCCUCCAACGUGGAGGUAGAAGUACUUGACCAUUUCCGGCAGUUCGCGACCAUUGAGAAGAUGAAACUCCAAGAGCGUCGUCGGAAUCAAGCGUCCUAUGAUCGGACGAUUAAACUCAAUGAGCUGAUGAAGUUUUCUAAGAACUUCAAACUUGGAACGCCUGUUCCAAAAGAUCUUGUGCCCAUCUUGGCCAAGGAUCCUAGUAAGCAGGAGGAAAUUAUCGAGAAAGCACGCCGGCAACACGAGGAAAAGCUUGCAGCUGCCGCCGCCAAAGCAGCUGGUGCAACCCCUCCAGACGCUUCGACUGCUACUGCUCCUGCCGCUGAACAGAAGCCCACUGCGCCUCGCGCUUCGGGCUCUUCCCGAUACGAUGUUGGCGCGGUGCCACCGGUGGCACCGUCAGAUCGCCAACAAUACCCCCGCGGCCGCCAAGGGUAUCCACCAAUGGGCCCUCAUAGUGGCCUAGGAGGACGACCGAUGGGACAUCAUACAGCGCAUCCGGGGCGGUCGGGUCCUGGUCUUCUUAGCCACCGCCUGGCGGAUAUUCAGCAGCAACGUAAAGGCGGAGCGAUGGGUCAUCCUAUGCCUCCCCCUCUUCCUGUUCAGGAUGGGCGUAUUCCCCCUCACGGACCCCUUGGUGGAGAUCAGUGUAGUCUUAAUAGCCCUCAUAAAUCGGUGCAGAGCCCAACGUCGGCUACUUCAACGAAAUUCAAUGUCAGGGCACACGAAUUUAAGCCUAACCCAGCUGCACAUACCUUUACUCCCGGAGGCACAUCUGCCAUGACAUCAGGCCCAGCUAACGCUAGGCCACAAUCGAUUUCACGUGCUGCUAGCCCAUCUGCCUUUUUUGGUGCAAAGAAACCACUACCGCCAUCAGAACGGCCCUCAAUUAAUGACCACUUCAACCCAGUUAAGCGAAUGAAAAAAGAGGCAACAGAGCAGAGUACUACUAAAGACUACGCAUUUAAUGGUGGAAUUCCCCAAGCGUAUCGGACUCCGCCUACCUGGGAGGUUGCUCCGAUUAAUGCUGAGAAAACUUACGCUGAUAUGUUUAAAACACCUACCCCUGUACCUUCGGCUUCCCCGCAACGGGCUGCAUCUAAUCCUCAAUUGCCACAUCAACAUCAGCUACCGUUUCACCUCCAGCACUCAGGUCCUCCAACCACGGGUCCGCCUCAGGCUCAUCCACACCCCCACGCACAAUCACACCACCCAUCAGGACCCCCACUCUUUGAAGAUCACCAUCGCAUGCACAUGUCUGCUUCUACUUCGCAAGUAUACCCAUCGCCCAGAUUACAACAAACCCCUGUGGCAUACCAUUCUCCCAUGGGACACCAUGCACAGCUAGCAUAUGGACAACCGGUUCCACAGUUCUACACGGCCCAGGGCCCGCAACCCGCUCACAUGCGACACUAUCCCGGCGGCCCACAGUUUGUUAACCCGCAAAACGGCAUGGGAGCGCCCAUGAUGGUCCAGCAGCCUUCGAACGGUCCUUAUGCAGGUAUGCCACAAGGUAUGGGUGUCCCAUACAACCCACAAAUGCCAAUGUAUUCACCCAAUGCCGGCCAUGCCUACCCGCAACAUGUACCACCGCCACCUCAACCACAUAGUGGCUACCCCAGCCCAAGCCGAGGUGCACCUAUGAUGAUGCAUCAGGGCUCACAACAGGGCUCGCAACAGGGCCACCCUCCUCAGCCUAUCAUGUUUAUGAAUUCUAGUCAACAUGGACAACCCGUCUACGCCCCACAGCAACCAGGUUACAUUCCUCCAGUACGCGCUGGUUAUCCUCAACAUCAGCAGUCUCAUUUCAACACCAGCCCUCACCAAACACACCAUUACCCACACCAUCAGCAUAGAGCCCAGAACAAUACUCACUACAAUCAAAUGCCACACAUGCAUCAUCCCCACAUGGCGCCGCAAGGCCCCCCUCAGAACGCACCUGCUGGACCCCAUCCUCCAGAGGCUGUUGAUGAGGUGAAAUGAGAAGUUUCAGUGGCUAAAUUUACGGCUUCCUUUUCCUUCGCUGGAAACAACCGAUUGUGGCAUGAAAACCACAGAAAUGCUCACUUGCCAUUUUCCUUUUCCGGAAUGUUGCGUGCAGUGGCGGGACUAGUAACUUGUGCUACGUUGCUUCUUGCUAUACUUUUUCUUAACCCGGUUAUAUUUUGGCGGCGCAGUGUUGAUUGAUAUUUGCUUUUACUGGUCUCGUGUGGUGCGGUUGCAACAUUCAAAAAAUGGUUAAAUGAAUAUACAUGAGCGGAUUGCGCGGAGUGCUCGUAGAACUUGGAGGUGAGAUUGAUCAUAUACGAAUAUUCGCCGCUGGAUGGAAGAAGGUCGCUUUCCUGGACGAAUCAAGGGCUUCCGCGCCUAACGUAGGCGAGGCGAUCAGCUAAAAAGCUUUGAAUCGAUCCCUCGCUGGAAUAUAUACCGUGACCCACAGGAUCGGCGCAAGCCAAACCCUAGCCACUAUUGAGGUCACUAGCUGGUUCGAAGAUAUUGAAAGGGGAGUUCGAUAGGGCAUCCCCCGCCGGUGGAGGCCAUUUUAAGAAGGAUUGCCGUUCAAAAAGAAGCUCGAGGUCGAUAUCCUGACUAGAAAAGGGGGGUUGUUGGGGGAUUUGUUGAUAUAUAAAUACUGUUAUGUGAUGCAGAAGAAACGAGCUCGGGCUUAUGAGCGCGGAAAUGAAGGCGGCAAUGGUGGGAUGUAUGAAAUUGAUGAGGCGAGUGGGAUUAGAUAUUUUUUCGAGGCAGGCCGGAGUGGGAUGUCACUGAGAGUAUAGCUGUUGGCUUUUAGUACUUUUUUUCACGUCUUUUUCUUUCCGUGUGAGGAAGAUGGGGACAACAAGGAGGAAUGAUGUGGUUUUCUCGUUGAUUAUUAUUACUGCUACUAUUUUAGUUAAAUGAAUUUUUGUUUCCGAAGAGAAAUGGCCUCUGCCUUUGAGCUACAUAACUGCUUCUCGCCGUUUUUUGACCUUCAGAAACGCAGUUUGCCUUCUCCGAAACGGAAAAUGUGGCAUGGAAGGGAAAUUGAACAGCAGAUAAAAAGCUUCAAUAACCAUCUAUAUAUUUUAUUUCUUAAUCAUUACUAGUGCUAUUCUCAUCCGUAUAAAGAUGAGAGAUUUGAAAUAUUGUGUUUUUAGAGCUUAAUUAUUAAAUGCUCUGCUUGAAGGAUUUAUAUAUUUGUUAUAUACUUUUUUACGUUCAAAUUCUGGAUAUACUCCACUCCGUACAUAUAUAUGUUAACCAUUUUUUGAACUCCAU